AUGGACCUGUUCUUUCCGCAACGCCUCGCUCGUUAUGACCUGCGGACGAGUGAGUCCUUCGACUGCCAGGAAGCCUUCGGCUACGGUGCCUUCCAGAAGCGCCUGUUCUUUCUUCUUAUUCUCUCUGCUGUGUCGGUCUUAUGCCAAACUUCCAUCGUUACCAUCGUGUUCGGUGACGUGGACCACUGGUGCAAGCGGCCCCGAGGCUUCAACAUCUCUGCAACCGAAUGGAAGAAUAUUGCCAUACCACUUGAAGCCGACGGAAGGCAUAGUCAAUGCCGCGUCUACCAGCGCUGCAUGCCACCCGUCGACUUCAGCCUUCCGAACCGGGAACGGAUGGACAGCGACGUGCUAGCACAGCCGCAUGCAAGUACAGGCAGUACGUACGAAUACGGGUGGUACAACGAAUGCCUGAACGGUGUCUCGGAAACAGCCAACGACACACAAGAGAUACACUGUGAUGAAUGGGAGUACGAUGACUCGGCGGCCAGUUUUACGGCGGUAAGCACUUGGGACAUGGUGUGCCAUCGACGCCCAAGAAGAAUCGCGGUCGUAGCGCUGCAGUAUGCUGGUGCCGUUGUAUUUGUCGUUACAUCUGGAAUAUACGCGGACUCGCUAAGUCGAAGGACUUGUCUCGUGGCAUCCGCUGCAGCGCUAUUGGCCAUCACGAUCUGCACUUUUCUGGCAAAUACUUACUAUGUUUACGCUAUUGCGCGUUUUCUGGCCGGAGGCUUUACCGCCGUAAACGAAGUCUUCAGCGUCAUUAUCCCGUUCGAAGUGACGACCCACGCUCACAGACCACAGCAAGUCAUCCUCUGGCACUUGGUGGGUGUCCUGCCGGCCGAAGUGUGGGAAAUCCUAAUUAGACGGGUGCCCAUGUUCUGGUCGCUCAAACAGCUCAUCUUUCUCGCGCCUACGGCCCUGCUUCUCCCCGUGUCACUCAGCGCACCUGAAUCACCUCGUUGGCUCGUUGCGAAAGGACGAAUGCGGGAGGCCGAGACCGUGAUGAUGCAGGCUGCCGAAACUAACAACUUCCCCCUCCCAAACACGUCCGCUCUGAUGGACAAGCUCAGAGAACAGGUCAAGGCGAGGACGUGCUGUACCGAGGCUUGCGAUCAAGAGAUAUUGGACUCGAACUCCUUGCGUAGGCGAGCGCUUGCCAUGUUUUUCACCUUUUUCUCAAUGACGUUCUCGUAUUACGUGGCUGUGUUCGCGACGGCGUCAUCCCACGAGGCUUGGAUGCCGUAUGGCGUAGUCGCAGCCACGCUUUUUACGUGUGGUGUCAUGCACGUCUUAGUGACCGACAUUACCCUGGUGACGGUGAUGAACACGUGCGUCGUGACGAUUGCCGUCAUCGAUUGCUUGCUGAGUUUCGCCGUAGGUGCUGGAGUGGCAACGAUCAGUAACGUUCUCAACGUGCUGUCCAAAGGCGCGUCACUGGUCAUCCUCGUUCACUUCUUGGUGUUUGUCAUGGAGCUCUUUCCUUCGGCCGUCAGGAGUGGUACGCUUCAAGGUCGUGAAGACGCGGCGUUCGCCGUUGCCGCGUUGCUUCUAUUCAUGUCUCUUCUGGUGAUACGGGUGCUUCCACGAGCGACCAUGGUGGAGCAGGCUAAGGAGGCCAAUAUCGGUUUGAGUUACGCAAGAAACUACAUCAAACACAUGAGACGUACGCUCGAGCGACCGACGGAUCAUAUGGCCAAAUCCGGAAGCACUGAUGCCCUCCGAAAGAGUCGCCAGAGUGUUGCCAGCAAUACGAACGUUUCUCUCAAGUCAUCUACUGGAAGCAGCGACACCCGCAAGAGUCGAAAGAGUCGUUCCAGCAACUCAGAUUCCUCUGCUAAGGCCAAACUACAAGGCUACAAGUUUAGCCAGAAGCCUGAAUUACCUAGAGGUGGUUCCAUGCCCAUAACACAAGCAGCUGCGGACAUUGGCUAG